UUGGUGCAAAGGUUGGAAUACAAGAGAAGAGAUAGACCAUGAACAACUUUUACCUCACAUAUACAGUCACAGUGAAGUUAAACCCUGACCAUAUGAACUGAUACAGUACAUUAGAGGAUUUAGACCAGCAUGGAUCAAGUUCUAACAGCACCUGUGCUAAUUGGGAUAUCUGUAGUGGUGAUCACAAUCCUCUUCCUCGUCCUAAACUCAGGAGGCUCCAAUGGAGAUCGAAAGCAAAGCAAGUUUCCAAAAACCUUGCAGGACCCCAAUCUGAAAUACCAACUGCCACUCAUAGAGAAAGAGGAGAUCACUCAUGACACUAAAAAAUUCCGGUUUGGUCUUCCAUCCUCGUCUCACGUUCUUGGUCUCCCUAUUGGUCAGCAUGUUUACCUGUCUGCAAAGGUGAAUGGGAAUCUGGUUAUUCGUGCGUACACACCCGUGUCCAGAGAUGAAGACCAGGGAUACGUUGAUCUAGUUGUAAAGGUCUACCAUAAAAAUACUCAUGCAAACUAUCCUGAUGGAGGCAAGAUGUCUCAGUAUUUGAAUGAUAUGAAGAUUGGGGACACCAUUGACUUUAGGGGUCCAAAUGGAUUACUGGUAUACAAUGGAAAAGGGCAGUUUGCUAUUCGUCCUGAUAAAAAAUCUGAACCUAAAGCGCGGAAGUUUCGACACGUGGGCAUGAUUGCUGGUGGAACAGGCAUCACUCCAAUGUUGCAGCUGAUCAGGAGUAUAACCGCAGAUCCUGCUGACAAUACCAAGUGCUCCAUUAUAUUUGCUAACCAGACUGAGAACGACAUAUUGUUACGUAAAGAGCUGGAUGAAGCUCAUAGAAAUCACCCUGAUAAACUCAAUCUGUGGUACACACUGGACAAGCCCUCUGAAGGGUGGAAGUACAGCAAAGGGUUUGUUGAUGCCCCCAUGAUAAAAGACCAUCUCCCGCCUCCGGCCAAUGAUGUGCUCAUCGUGAUGUGCGGUCCACCCCCCAUGAUCCAGUAUGCCUGCCUGCCAAACCUCGACAAGCUCGGCUACAAAACUGACAACAUUUUUGCAUAUUGAUGAUGUAUAAUGCCACUGAUUAGUGUAUUACACAAACAAAUUCUGUGAUCAUUUGUAAUAGAUGGUUUGCAGCUUUUGAAACAAUCGAAUCAAUGCAGGAUAAGAGUUCUUUUGUUGAAUCCAUUUGGUUUUGUUUGUGAGGAAUUAUCUUUGGAAAAAAGUCCAAGUCAGGCCAGUAAAAGUAAACAUUUUUUUUUUAAUCUGUAUUUUUUGUUGUUUUUAAGGAUAAAUUUCAAAGUAUUUUUAAAACGGGGUGUUACAGCGCAGUCUCAUCCCAAGACGUCAUGUAACUGACGUCUUGUGACCAUACGUCAACAUCCGCCUUUUUAGGGUACCCUUAAACGUUGGUUAGAUGACGUUAUCGGAUCCUAACCCUACCCCAGACCUAAACCUACCCCGUCACCUAACCAAAGUUAAAGGUAAAGCAUCAGUUGUAUGACGGCCCGGGAUCGUCAUGUAACCGACGUUUAAGGGUACCCUUAAAAGGCGGAUGUGGACGUAUGGUCAAAAGACGUCCCAAGAUGUCAGUUAUAUGACUUCUUGGGAUGAGACUGUGUUAGGUAUGAACAUUUCCAGAAAAGUUUUGCAUAAAUUUACAAAAGUUUUGUAAAAGGCAAUAAAAUCAAGUUUUUCAAUGUUU